GAGUAGCUUGAUAGAAUUUUGACGUAAUGUCUGUGCGGAAAUGGUAGGGUGUGCUUUGCGUUUAGUGAAUAUGCGUGUGAAAGUGUCAUUUCUCGCGGAAGUGGGUGAAGAUUGCGUUUUUGUAUGUGUAAUGUAACGACACAUCUGACAUAAUGUAUUUCUAUUUACUCCUUACUGGAACAGCCGUAGUGAAUAAUAUGUAUGUUAAUUAAAGUGCUGAAUGUAAAUGACAGUGAAAUAUGUCCAUCCCAGGGGGGAGUAAAAGAAGUGGUGCUAUGAAAAUUCGUUUGACAAUACUGUGCGCACGAAAUUUGGCAAAAAAGGAUUUGUUCCGCCUUCCCGAUCCAUUCGCAAAGAUCAGCGUCGACGGCUCGGGUCAGUGUCAUAAAACAGACACAUGUAAAGCCACUCUUGACCCUAAGUGGAAUCAGCAUUAUGACUUGUAUAUUGGAAAGGAUGAUGGCAUUACUAUAAGUGUAUGGAACCACAGAAAAAUUCACAAAAAACAAGGAGCUGGAUUCCUAGGUGGUGUGAGAAUUGUAUCAAAUACAAUUCAGAGGCUGAAAGACACUGGCUAUCAGCGCUUGGAUUUGUGCAAGUUAAGCUUAGACAGUCCCGAUCCAGUGAAAGGUCAAAUUGUAGUUUCUUUGCUCUCCCGUGAUGGCCACAGUGGUGUCGCAGGUGGUGGCCACAAUGCUGUUGUGGAUCCUCUGGGAGACCUCAGUUGCCCUGAGGACCUCCCCGAGGGAUGGGAAGAGCGAAGAACUUCCGACGGUUGGCUUUAUUACGUAAAUCAUCACACCAAAACUACUCAGUGGUUUAGGCCAACAAGGCCGCAAUAUACAAGUAUUAUUCCGACACAUGUCCUUUCAAGACCUUCACGUGAGAAUGGUCCUGUUGGCUCAAACGUUACACAGCCUACUUCUCCAACAAGUGGAUUAGCCCAUCCAAAUUCUUCAAGUGAUGGUGGGUCUGUCAGCCCAGAUGUGACACAGCCUACUUCUCCAACAAGUGGAUUAGCCCAUCUAAAUUCUUCAACUGAGGGUGGACCUGUCAGCCCAGAUGUUACGCAGCCAGCUUCUCCAAUAAGUGGAUUAGUCCAUCUAAAUACUUCAAGUUCCAAUACUAGCUCACCUAUUACUGGUACCGCUGAACAACAAUCGUCAGCAGGAUCCAAUUCUGGCAGUCCAGUAAACCAGACACCAAGCCAGAAUCAAUCAGGGAACAGGGAGCAGAAUGGCAUCUUCCCUCUUCGAGGAACUGCUGCAUCACGCAGGCCAUUGGUUCCAGCAAUAACAGGCUUUCAACCAAACAAAACAGUGAGUGAAGCUGAAAAUCGGCCUCCGAGAACAGAGCUGCCAGCUGCUGGCAGUAGACGUGAACGUGAAAAUUCUUCAGGCAGUCAGGCUCAAGCAGCUGCUCAUCGUCGACGAUCUGCACGACAGAGAAAUUCAUUGAUGUUGCAACAGGCUGGUCGUGGUUCUCACAAUAUUAGUCAGCCGGGAGACUUGCCACCAGGAUAUGAAUUACGAACAACGCAGCAAGGGCAGGUGUAUUUCUACCAUGUUCCAUCUGGAAUAAGUACAUGGCAUGACCCACGCAUUCCCCGAGACCUGACUGUAAGCUCAGAUCUCGGUCCUUUACCACCAGGAUGGGAAAUGAGGCAAACUAGUUCUGGACGUAUUUAUUUUGUAGAUCACAAUAACCGCACCACUCAGUUCACUGAUCCACGGCUGUCUGGUGCAGUAAUCUCAAAUCUCAUUAAGAAACAAAGCUCAAGCACUUCACCAACCCAUGGCGCAACAAGCAGCUCAAAUUCCAAUUCGAGCAGUGGACGGGUAGAUCCCGUGGGGAGGGAAGAUUCACCUUCUGGGUCAUCUCGCCAGCCUUCUCUGUCCCCUACAAGCAGUGGAAGUAGCACAACAAUGAACAGUGAAGCAAGAACUUCGGGAGAAGGAAGUAGCAAUAGUGCAACGGAACCCGCUGCCGGUACUGACGGAAGUGCAAAUAAUAGUGAAAAUAGAAAUUCAGCUUCAGUGUGUGUGUCACUAAAUGUACGAAGUGGAGAACUGCCAAGGGAAUUGUUGGACAGUGAAUUGUUGCCAAAGUACAAACGAGAUUUGGUUACGAAGCACAAAUCUUUAAGAACUGAACUGCAAGCACUUCAACCACAAAGUGGUCACUGCCGUUUAGAGGUGUCACGGACAGAAAUAUUUGAGGAGUCAUAUAGACUAGUGAUGAAAAUGAGACCAAAGGAUAUGCGCAAACGCCUAAUGGUUAAAUUCAGAGGAGAAGAAGGUUUAGAUUAUGGAGGUGUUGCUCGUGAGUGGCUGUACCUUCUGUCACAUGAAAUGCUGAAUCCUCAGUACGGACUUUUCCAGUAUUCACGUGAAGAUAAUUACACUCUGCAGAUCAAUCCUGAUAGCAGCAUUAAUCCUGAGCAUUUAUCAUAUUUUCACUUUGUGGGCCGUGUAAUUGGGAUAGCUGUUUUCCAUGGUCAUUACAUUGAUGGAGGCUUUACAAUGCCAUUUUAUAAGAUGUUGCUUAAUAAACCUAUAACACUGGAUGAUAUUGAAGGUGUGGAUCCUGAACUGCAUAGGAGCUUAACAUGGAUGCUGGAAAACAGCCUCACUGGUGUCAUUGAUACAACUUUUGCUGUGGAGCACAACAGCUUUGGAGUAUUGAAGGUGCAUGAGCUGAAACCUGGGGGAAAGGAUAUUAAUGUAACGGAAGAAAACAAACGAGAAUAUGUAAAGCUGUACGUGAACUACAGAUUUAUGAGAGGUAUUGAGCAACAGUUCCUAGCUCUACAGAAAGGUUUCACUGAAUUAAUACCCAACAAUCUUCUUAGAGCAUUUGAUGAACGUGAACUUGAAUUGAUAAUUGGUGGCCUUGGUUCUAUAGACAUUACGGAUUGGCGAAAUCACACAAGGUUAAAGCAUUGCACUCCCGAAACACCAGUUGUAAAGUGGUUUUGGCAGAUCGUUGAAGAAUACUCGGAGGAAAUGAGGGCAAGACUUUUACAGUUUGUAACAGGAAGUUCUAGGGUUCCUUUACAAGGAUUUAAAGCUUUGCAAGGUUCAACAGGUGCUGCUGGCCCAAGACUUUUUACAAUUCAUGUUAUAGAUGCACCUUUGGAAAAUCUACCAAAAGCCCAUACAUGCUUUAAUAGAAUUGACAUUCCUCCUUAUGAAUCAUAUCAGAAAAUGUAUGAAAAGCUUACUCAGGCUGUGGAAGAGACAUGUGGUUUUGCUGUUGAAUGACGUGUUGCAUAAAAUAGCUUAAUUUUAGAGGUUGAGUCAAUUUGCACUAUUUUUAGAUAAAUAGUCAACUGUAUUGUUUGCACAUUGAUUUGCACAAAAGGCCUCACAAGUCAUUGAAGUUGCAUGACACACCUCUGAAAGAUUCAGAUAAACUGCAAAGCUUCAUUGCCGGUGAAAUGAAAUAUUUAGGAUCAUAUGGUUUUGGUAUGAUCUCUAGUUUCUUUUUAGAUACAGUUCACUUGUUGUACAGAGUUAUUUUGUUGUAUGCUGUUGUUAAAAUAUGCAUCACAUGGUGUAUUAUUGAGAUUUUUUAACCAAUUGUUAAAAACAUUGAACCUGUGUCUACUGUGUAGAUAUAAGCUAGUAUUGUUUUCAUGGUGUGAUUUAAAAUCUGCCCGUUAUAUAUGUUGCACAUUUUAUUUUUUAAAAAAGGUGGCAGUUGAACUGUCAGCACAAAAUUCAACCACCACAGAUAUGCACAUAUUGUGUGUUGCUUUAGUAUUUAUGUUAACAAUAAUUGCCUUAUGUCAUUUGUUUAAGAUAAGGUUCUUCACAGUAUUGUUGUAAUUGUAACUAACAGGUAAUGCAAUUAUAAAUUAGAUCCGUUUUCCAGUUUGAAGUAGAUAGUGUUUGGUUGCUCAGAUUUCUCUGAUUUAACAUUGUACUCUUCUCACGCACACAUGCUGCGACAUGACUCACAAACAGUGACGCGCUGAAAACCAGAUCUGAAUGUGCUCUUGCUUCAGUUUUACUCUCAGCAGUUCACCAUUGUAUUUUAUUACUUCAUAUUACUGCAGAUUGCAGCAGAGAUGUCAUUCAUAUUUAUUAAAUGUUUGUGUGGCAGCAGUGGAAAUGCCUCAUGUAGCACCCUCCAGUAUAAUGUGACUUCCAUGCCUGAACUCCUGAUUUGCUAGCUUUUGGAGAACCGGGAUCAAGUUUAAUAUUAGCAUUAUUCAUUUAAAAGUAUGUUGACUGUAGAUGGUAAAGCAGUUCUCCACAAUGAGGUGGAAAAAUGUCAUUUAGAUCAGAUGAGAGUAAGAUCAUUGUGCAAACAAAGCCAGUAUUAUUGGUUGCAGUCCACAGAAUCUCGUGGUACUGGAGCAAAAAGUGAAACUCCAUAUUUAUUAACUGUUUAUGCACUCUUACUCUCCAAGAACUUUCCAAAAAUUUCAGUAAAAACUCUUCAUUAGGUGCUCCAUUCAUUAGACAGUUAGUUCAACAUUUUCAGACUCAAACUACCACAGAGAACAUUAAAGGCCAAAUUCAUCCCCGUGUGUAUACAUCAUCAUAAAAACAAGGACCAUCAUAUUCAUUUUGAACAUAGUGCUUUUUCCUAUUUCUGUUUGCCCCAUUCGAUUAAAAGUCAACUGUUUCAUAUGUAUUUAAGUUAUCAGGGACAUUUUUAUUCUUUAUGUUUUGAGGAUUGAGUACCUUGCAAUACUCAUUUUUUAUGUAACUAUGUGGUAUAUCGUUUUACAGAGUUACGUAACAUUAUUUACGGUCUCUAUAAAAAUACCUCCUUGUCACUAUUAUAAUUUGUUUCCUAGGAAACUGACAAAUAAGUUAUAGCUUUAAAAGAAAGGAAACAAGAAACAAAUUUAUCUGUAAUGUGGAUGGUAUUUGUGAUCCUGUUGUUAACAACAGUACCAAUAGAUAUGUAUUUUUGAGAAACAUGGAUGCAUUUUAGAAAAAUGUAUAAUCGUUAAAAACUAGAGAACUGUUUUCAAAACCAACUGGAAGUUGUUUCACUCCUUUUCUAUAUUUUCAUAAUACUCUGUUGAUUUAUAUACAAUUUGCAUAACAUGCUAAUUUUUGAAAUGUAAAACCAUUAUAUAAUAAUGAAAAUAUUUUUGUACACAGCUAUAAUGCCUUCAAUGUAUUGUAGCAAAAUCUACAUAUCAUUGUAUUCUCUGCAAUAGGAAAAUUUGUGUGUGCUUUGUGAGAAUGGAAGGCAUUGUGCAAUAUUUUAUUGCUGUUAAAUUUGAAAUAUUUUAUACAGGCCUUAACUCAAUAGCUCAGAAGAGCAGUUGUUGAGAAAAUGUGGUUAUUGUUGCAGAAAGACAAUAAUAGAUGUAGAAAGCACUCCUUCCAAUUGGCGUUUUCCUAGAUUUUGUAUAAGAGAAGUAUUGAGAGGCAUGUUCCUUAUAACAGCAAUAGAUAAAGUACUUGGUUCCACAAGUACAUGGAAGUGUUGUUAUUUGUUGCAGAACAUAGCUUUUUUGUUAUGCUUCAUCUUUGAUCACCAAAUUGCUGCAGCACUGAUGUUGCAGGAUAACUUUUUAGUAGCUAAUUUGUAAGCAUAAAUUUUCUUCCAUUUAAUUUGUUGUAUAGUGACAGGCUGACUGAAAAAAGAUAUAAUGCUGUUUACUUAUAAAUCCAGUACAGAAGACAUAACAAGAAUGUCUAGGAGUCGUUAUGAAGUGCCACUUAAAUACUUUUACAGACCUACAUCUGUGCAUCAGGCAGUGUGAAGUGAAGGCUGUAUAGUAUAUCAGCAUUAUUUACAUCCCUCUGUACUACUAUUUUUUUUUUUUGAUAGAAUCCAGGAAGAAUGUGUAUGUGUAAACCCAAAUUCAUCUAAUAAUUCUACCACUAUUACAGAUGAUGUAUGUGAGAGGAAGUAAUUUAUCAUGAUCUUUAUGGAAUAUAUGCUGUUGUUGUUUAUAAAGUAACACUUUCCAUGAAGCAUAAUAGUUUCCUCUUGGAAUUUGUUGAAAAUAUGUAUUAUUCUUACACUGUCAAAAAAAUUUAUUACUGCAAAUGAGAUUUAGAUUUUUUCUGUCUGUACAGAUAGGAGAUUGAGACAGAAACAGUCAGUACUCUGAUUGCAAAUGGUUAUAACAUGGAAAAGCUGGGCACAUUGGUUUAGUUUCAUGAUAAAAAUAAUGAGAAGUGAUACUAAUAAAAUGUACCUUACAUUCAUUAAUAUUUCUGCAACACUAAAAACAACUAUUAUUAAUGUCAUCGUCAAAAUAAUUUGUAAGUAAUAUGCGAUAUAAUCUUUGUUUUCUUGGCUGGAUUGAUUGAAGUUAUGUUUUGGGACUUUUCAGUGUAUUUGGCAGUUCACUUUUGUGCAUAAAGUUUGGCAAAUUAGCUAACGCUGUUUCUCAGGUGCUAUGAGCAGCUGUCUUAUAUGUGUAACACUUGGAGUCAAACCAGAAUACGGACUGACUGUUUCUAGUCCAGCCACUUAGCAUACAUAAGACUAAGUGCUGCAAGUAUUGAAGAUGGCAACAAAUGGUUCCAAAUUUGCUUUCAAUAUUUCAAUAAGUAGGCUAGAAAACUGAAAAUAUUCCACUGUAAGUAAAAAAUAAAUGAUAGAAAAUGUUGUUUUAGAAAAUGUAACCCUGUUACAUUCAUUGAACGGUGUGUGGACUAAAGGUACAUUGUCUAGUAUGCGACAGCGACAACAGGAAUCCCCUAUGGCAAAAGGGGCUGCCUGAGUUUGAGUUUGGGCUUUGUAGACAAAUGCGGACUGUACUACUACCACAAUUCUGAUGACUUAUUUUUUAGAGACCCUGAAGGAAAAUAUGAGAGGUGAAUAAGAGUCUCCUGUUGCAAAAAACUUGAAAUGAGACAGUUCAUUUAUUACAAUUUAUUUUUAGUAAGUCUAUAUUUCAUGGCAUCCUAAGAACACACAGAGAAACAGUAGGGGCUUAUGUUGGAGUAAUAGAAGACAAGAAAUGCUUGGAACAGGAUCAAAUGUCUCGGAGAAACCAAAUAAAUGGAUACUGUAUGAUCACUAGGUUUCCUUGGGUUAAGUUCAACACGGAGAACAUUAAGUAAAUUUCUUGAUUUUUAAGCAUACUGCUUUCAUCUGCUUCUUUGCCCCCAAGAAAAAUAAAUUUGGGUUGUUAAAGAGCAUGCAGGAAAUGUAAUGACAGGUGUAAAUUUCAUUGAUCUGAAUGUAUUCCUAAAGCAAUAGCAUUUCAGUCAGUGUUUUAUGCGAUGUUAUUAGACAUCUUAAUUAUGAAUUUUCAGUUAAAUUUCACUUCUGUAACUUUAAUACCUUGGGAGAUGGAAUUUUUUGCUACUUUGUUAACAGAGCUAAAAAAUCCUGGCCCCUUUUUUUAAAGGUUUCCUUUCUCGAAAACUGCAACUCCUACAGCUAUAAAAUUGUAAUACUGUUUUACUGCGGCAUAAAAACCACACAAAUACUAACUAUUCAUUUCAUAGCCUCUUGAACAACAUUUUUCCCUGAUAAAUUCAGUGGCAGAAUUAGGCAGUUUUGUUCCAUGAUAACUUCCAAUUAUCCCAGUUGGAUCCAUUUUGACUGUAUAUCCAUUACAAACAAGACACAGAAAAAACAAAUACGUAGUCAGUAUUUGUCUAAAUGUCGCCAAGUGAUAGUUAUUGCAAAAGAGACUGACCCAUUUUGCCACCGAAUUUAUUGGGGAAAAAUAAUCUUAUUUGAGAGGUAACCAAAUCAGUACUAUUUUUUUUUCCAAUGUUGUAUUAUUAUUUUUGUGAUUGCUAUGGUGUAAUGAAAUGGCAUUAAAAAUUCCGUAACAGUAGAGCUAGCAGUUUUAGAGAAAGGAAACAUGUAACUUAGAAAAACACAGAUUUUUUUAGCUCUGUUUACAAAAUGGAAAAACAUUAAAUCUCCAAAGUACUAGAGCCAAUGCAGUAAAAUUUUAAGUAUAAACUCGUAAUUCAGAUCUCUAAUAAAAUAAUGUAAAAAAAUUGACUGAAAUAUUGUUACUUAGGUGACACAUGUGGAUUCAGCAAAAUUAAAAGUUUCCCGGAACUUUCUGCAAGCAUUCUAUUGAUACAUUUAAUGAACUAAAACAAGAAAUGUUUCAUUGCAGAUCUGCCUCCAAUAUGUGACUCUUUCAGUCAGAAGAAAAGACCAACAGUAUUGUUUCAAACAUUGUAACUGAAUCCAUAGGCAAUACAGAAGUUAUAUCCAUAUCACUUAAGGGAGCGCCUCAGAUGAGAGAGAUGCAAGCUCCAUUAUCUCUUUCUGAUGGACGUACAACUUUCAUGCAUACAAACAAAGGUCUUGAUCCCAGUGGCACAAGGUUAUGUAAGAGGAAGAAAAUGAAAGAAACGAUGUAUCUCCAGCUCGGAGGGGUGGGGGUGGGGGGUGGGAGACAGACUGAAAGGGAGAAAACAUCUGCAGAAUUGAAAACAAAAUACCUAGAGGCCCCUUUGAAGGAAUUUAUAAAUUGAUUUCUACUGGGCAUGGCUAUGGCUAUGAGAACACCCCACUCCACUAUUUCGAUUGAGUCAAAAAAGCUUAUGGAAUAAAGGAAUGAAAUGACAGAUAAAAACUAAAAACUAGAGGUUUAAGAGUGUGUCAGAACAGACUGACAUUAUUUGAGGCUGAUGAUCUCAGGGGCAUUAUGUAUUUCCUUGUAAUAUAAAAUUAAAAUGUUUAAUUUCUUAAGACAUUUAUUUUAAUGAAUGCAAUUUAUAUUAAGUUCUCUCCACCUCUGUUGCUGUAGACACAUCAAUGCUGGGAGAGUAAAUAAGGACUUACCACAGUGAUUCAGUACUAUGCAGAAGUUAUUACCAACAUAAUAUGCAAGAGCAUUAACAAAUCUCUAUUUUCCAAGCAUUUCACUGUCUUCACCUUAAAGGAGAAAUGUGUGAGCAUGUAGCAGGUAGGGUUGCAAUUGCCAUCUGAAGACAUUCACUUUUAAUAAUAAAUGAGGAAUUACUUAAUUUCUAUGAUGUGUUAAAUAAUUUCCGUGAUGUGCUAAAACAUUACAGGUUGUUAAACUAUUACAACGUGGACAAAGAGAAAAAUUAUUUUAAUAAUUUUAGCAAAAAAUUUGUGUGUUGGAGAAGAAAAUUAGUGUCAUCAUGAGUUUUUCAGUUGCAGCAAUGGAUUUCUUGAACAUGUUGCACUUUUUUUUAUGAGACACAAAAUAUGGGCAAACUAACCUAAAAUAAAGUCUGAAUAUGAUUUUGUCAUUUAAAAGGUGCCUGUUAAUAAAAAUGUUAUAACAACCUUCACUGUCAUGUCCCGCAAAAAUUCUAUUAAUCUUCAUUAUCUUCAUCAAGUUGAGGAGCGACAAUAAUACUAUGGUGUCAUUCUCUUCAUCUUGUAACAAAAUAUCUAAGUAAUUCAGGAUCAGAUCCAAUUUAGUCGCAUUUCUGUCCAUCCUAUUGCCGACUGUCCACUGGUGCCACAGCCGUGCUUUGGGAAAUAGCUGCAACUGAGGACUAAAUUUGGUUGCAUCGUUGUAUGCUUGAGGGAGCAGUCAGCCCUUUUUCACUGCCGCAAGUUGUGGUUGUGCCUUGUACAACGCACCUUAAAGAAUCAAGUUUUGCAAUUCACACAGAUAAUAAUACAAAAGUAUGUGAGGGAAUGGUGCUGCAAUGUAGUUUGUUAUGGAAACUAAAGCUGUUAAUUUUCAAUGUGUCGUAUUAAUCAGUCAUGUAGAAAUGUGGACAGUUUGAAUUAUUAUUGCAAGCACUAAUACCCUUUAAUUCCAAGGCACAAACAUUUUGUAAUACACAUAAUUUAGUUGCAUCUCAUUGACACAUUCUUGUGAUUUCCUCUGGUAUGUCAACAUGCUUUUCUCAUCCACCAUCUCUUCUUCUUCUUCUUCU